AUGGCCCUUUGCCGCGAUAUCCUCUUGCGGCUUCCGACAACUGAUGAAUCCAAUGCUGACACGUCUAGGAACCCUACCAACAACGCGCAGGACUCCAAAUCCGACAAGAAGGAUAAGAAGGGCAAGGAUAAGGAUAAGGAGAAGGAGAAGGACCCCAAAUCUGACAAGAAGGGCAGUGAGACACGGACCUGCUUCCAUUGCCAGAAGACCGGUCAUAUCCAGAACGAUUGCUGGAAGAAAUACCCAGAGAAGCGUCCGUCCAAUCCCAACAACGCCAAUAAGGAUAAGGACAAGGGUGAUACCAAUGCUGGCACUGCUCCUGUCCAUAACGUCGUGGAACAAGUAUUCUGUAUGACGGACAAGGCCUACAUGAGCAGCGAAAGACCCACGAGAGAUACCUGGAUUCUAGACUCGGGUGCGGGUGCCCACGCAACACCUCAUAAAGAUCUUGUCGUGGCAAAGCCCCAAAAAUAUACUGUCAAGUUGGAAAUGGCAGAUGGAACGAUAGUGCCUGCCGCAGCGAUAGGCGACACGAAGAUCACCGUUGAAGGGGCGGACAUGCUACUAACUGGCGUCCGCUACGUCCCGAAAUUAGAAGUGAACCUCAUGAGCAUGGGUAAGCUCGUACGCCAGGGCUUUACCUUCAAGCAGUUGGCAUAUGGAAGCAACCACGCCGUGCUCUUUAUGUCCCCAGAUAGAACGUUCUCCUUCACGGCGAAGUUGAACGACAAUGAUAUCUACGAGGUGGAGAAGCCGCCUACCUUCAAGGAUCUAAUUCGAUUCGCCCUGUCCAACGGCAAAUUUGAACCUGUCAACGCGAUGGCGGACGACAGGACUACUGACGCGAUACUGGCGCUGCCCAACAACGACAUAAAGGUUAUAGAACUAACAAUGACACAGUGGCACCAAAAAUUAGGGCAUCUAAAUCCCGCGGAUAUCGCUAGAAUGGCAGCAGAUCCACGCCUAGGAAUGAGAAUCAUCGGCCAACGAGCUUUACCGUUUUGCAAAGUCUGUGUCCAAGCAAAGAUGACACGUCCAACCUUUGCGCCCAUGACGCGAGCUACCAAGCCGGCGAUGAGACUCUUCAUCGACCUAGCAGGGGGUGGAAAAACGCUUUUUGACGGGAACGACCUACCCACUAGGGGGGGUGCUAGCUACUGGCUAGGGAUAACAGAUGACGCUACGAGAUACCGAUGGGCAAUCUUGAUGAUGUCGAAGGGCACCCUACACUGGGAUGGUGGCAGCGAGUUUAAAGGCCAAGAUCUGAAGGCCUACUGCCAGAGCAGAGGAAUUGCGUGGGGGUGCAAGGUCUACAAGAAGAACCUAAAGGUUACCAAUAAGCUCGCGGAUAGGACUGACGGCAAGGAAUGGCAGCUAGUUGGCUACCAAGGACUGCACCAAUAUCGUAUCUGGGACCCAAUUGGCCGUCGCCUUGAAAUCGCGCAAUCGAGCGAAUUACCAGAAGAAUUGGACGUACUAGAUGCUGCUGAUGGGUGGCAACACUGCCUCCUGCGACACCUAGCAAAGGUGAAACCUGACGUUUUGAAGAUGAUUGCCAAUGGGGAUCUUGAAGAACUUGUCGAGAAUGAUGAACCAGAAGACCCUGCCAAUGAGGACGAUCCUGUCCUGAGCACCCUAACUGACCGCCCAACUACCGUGGCGGAAGCCAAAAGGAGCCCUGAUUGGGACUACUGGUAUGAGGCGAUGAAGAAAGAGGUCAGCAUGUUUGAGAACAAGCAGACAUAUAUUGUCGUUGAGAAGACCCCAGGCAUGGAUAUCUUAACUGGUAAAUGGGUGUUUGAUCGCAAGUUGAACAAUAAGGGAGAAACAAUCCGGUUUAGAGCUCGCUGGGUGGUUAGGGGAUUCCUCCAACAACAAGGAGUCCACUAUACAAAGUCGUACGCCGCGGUGGUAUCAGGACCCACGUCACGGAGCUUAUUCGCAAUCUCAACGGCAAAGGGGUGGAAGGCAAAGGCGAUCGACUACGUCUCCGCGUUCUUGAACGGCAUACUACCGCAGCACGAGAUGGUAUAUAUGCAACUGCCUACAGGGAUUAAGCACGGCAGGGGGGGCCUGGUUGGCCUGCUCCGCCAGAGCCUUUACGGGAUGAAGCAAGCAGCGAGGGUGUGGUAUUUCCUUGCGACGGAACACCUCACCACUCUAGGAUUCAAAAUCUCGCCGUACGAUGGCGGAUUCUUAUAUCACCCUAUUCGCAAGAUCUACCUGACAUUGCACGUCGAUGACUGUCGGGUAACGGGACCCCAAGAGCAGCAAUUAGACUGGAUAUUGGCAGAGAUUGCUAAAAGGUUUGAGACAAAGGAUGUCGAAGAGAACAAGCCCUACCUUGGAAUGGAAGUCAAACGUCAAAUGAACGGCGACCUAGCGGUUACCCAGAACCGUUAUAUCGAUGAGAUCCUUGAGGAUUUUGGAAUGGACAAGGUCAACCCGGCCAGCACGCCGAUGGCGGCCGGCAUACGCCUAGAAUUCUCACCAGAUGAAGAUAGCGGGUUAGAUGACGAUUUUACUGCUACUAGAUAUCGUCAAGGCUUAGGAUCGCUGCAGUAUUUGGUGUCAAGCAGCAGACCAGAUCUGGCAUUCGCGGUCAACUACCUCUCACGUUUCAACUCGCGUCCGCACAAGGAAUGCUGGGCAGCAUUAAAACACGUCCUACGCUACGUCAAGAAAACGAAGGAUCACGGAAUCCUAUACAAGAAGGAGAUGAUUGGGGGACUCAGUCCUGUCGCGUACAGCGACUCAGAUUGGGCAGGGGCAGACCCCCAAUACAAGUCAACUACAGGUUACAUUAUCCUGCUAAACGGAUCACCAAUCUCGUGGCGGUCGCAACGGCAGACCUCAGUUGCAAAAUCAACCACUGAGGCGGAGUAUAUCGCGGCAAGUGAGGCAGCGUGCGAAUUGAUCUGGCUGAAUGACAUGUUUUUGAUGCUGGAUUAG